AUGGAUUUAGUAGAAAAGAUUGCAGAUGUAUACAAAAGGAAUGAGAGAUUUGAUAAUGAUACACUUCUUUAUACAUGGGAACAAGGUGUUAAUAAAACCUGGGAAAAGUUAGUUGAGACUAGUAGUGGUUUGGCAUUACUAGAUCAUAGUCUACAGAGUGACCAGUGGAAUAUUACAAAACAGGAGCUUGAUGAUAUACUCAAAAUCUCAAAAUCUUUGAAUACUAGACGUGGAUUUUUGCGAAAUAUAGUUAUUAUACUUGAUAUGUCAUCUAGUAUGCUAGAACUAGAUUAUAAACCAGAUCGUCUUCAAUGUAUGGUGAGAUGUAUUGAUACUUUUAUUUGUAACCUUUUGCAGGAGAAUCCACUUACUCAGAUAUCCGUAAUAUCUAUACGAAAUGGUUUAACUAGUAUAGUUACUACUUAUAAUUCAAAUUAUAGAGAAAUAGUUAGUGGAAUUUUAUCUGAAGCAAAAAAUGGGUGUAGUGGAGUUAUGUCAAUUAGAAAUGGUCUGGAAAAGGCUAAACAACUCUUGGCUUCUAUUCCUCCAUAUGGAACCAAGGAAAUUGUUUUUUUUUUGGGGAGUAUGAGAAGUAUUGAUAAUGAUUCAAUGCUGAACGAGUGGCUUGAUGAUUUUAUUGCUCACAACAUAGUUAUCAAUGCCCUACUUUUUAUUCCAGAGUUGUUUAUAAUAAAAACUAUUACCACGAAAACUGGUGGCAUAUGUUUAUGUGCUUUGAAUAGUGAACAUAUGCUGCAACUUUUACUUGAGAACUUUGUUAAACCACCCUCAUACAGUCAAUUAAAUACACCACUACAUAUAAAUUUGGUUCCAAUGGGAUUUCCUAUGUACUUCAAUAAUUCUGGCUAUCCCUUACAAUGCUCAUGUCACAAGUCAAUUACAAGUGAUGGUUACUGCUGUCCAAGAUGUAAAUCCUUGGUAUGUUAUCUUCCUAUUAAAUGCCCUAUAUGCAAUUUAUACUUAGCUUCAGCAAAUCACUUGACUAAGUCAUUUGCUUUUUUAUUCAAACCACCAUCUAUGGAAGUUUUACAGCUAAAUCCUGGUGAAUAUAAAUCUGAUAUACCGAGACAUUGUAGAUUUUGUCAGAAUCUAUUUACUAGUAAAGCUACUUAUAGAAAUGGUUUCCCAUUCUCCCUUAUAAAGUGCACAAAUUGCUGCUCUUUUCUUUGUAUAGAUUGCUGCAAACUUAUUUUACUUGCACUACAUCAAUGUCCAGAAUGUUUUAAUUCCACAAAAUCUUUAGAUAAUACUUAG